GACUAGCCCUCAGCUUUCCAUUUUCUCAAAUCACAGUCUUCCCACUCUGACAGUUUAUAUUUCAUUAACCAUCUUUUUCCUUCCUCUCUAGGCCUGGACAUAUUGUGCAGGUUUGACAGCCAUUGCCCCAGUGAUGCUUUGCAGUCCAGAGAGAAUGCAUCAGAAGUGAAGGAAUGAGGGCAUGAAUAGUGCAGAGGUGCCCUCCUUCUGCAGCAGCCAUGUUACACCAAGCCUGGCAGUUCUAUGGGAGGUGGUGCCGUUCAUCUAGUCCUUUCAUCCAUCUCCUCACACUGACUGUGGUGACAUUUGGUGUGCUGGCGCCUUUGCUUUGCCACCGGCUCCUCCAUUCUUACUUCUAUUUGCGGCACUGGCACCUGAACCCCAUGAGCAAGGAGUUCCUGGAGCAGAACCAGCAGGAGGGCCAGGCCGCCCUCCGUUACUUUGAGAAGCUGCACAUACCAAAUGCCUCUGAAGCCUCUGGGAGUCACACCUCCCAGCCCUUGCUGCUGGUCACCAUUAUCACUGUGCAGAGACAGAAUGAUUUCCACUAUGUCUUGCAAGUAGCUUCUCGCUUCCACCAUCUCCUCCAGAAAUGUGGUGAACGUUGCGAGAGCCACCGCAUUCUCCUCUGUAACGUGGAGUCAGACCCCAGUAGCCAUCAGGAUGUCAGGCUGCUGAGCAGCUUCUUUCCUAUGGUCAGUCGUGACAGAACUGGUGAGAACCCUGACCCCAGAGUGAACCAGUUUGAGAAGGAGAAGCAGGACUAUGUCUUCUGCCUUGAGCAGUCACUGCUGGUGUACAACCCAGAAUACAUCCUCGUAGUGGAAGAUGAUGCUGUGCCGGAGGAGGAGAUCUUCACUGUCCUGCAGCACCUCCUGCUGUCCCGGUUCUCCAAACCAUACCUCAGAGAUGCACUUUACUUCAAGCUUUACCAUCCGGAGAGGCUUCAGCGCUACUUCAACCCUGAGCCCAUGAGAAUCCUUGAGUGGCUAGGUCUGGGCAUGUUCCUGGGGCCUGUGCUGAACUGUGUGUACUCCUGGGCAGCAGGGCGCGGCAGCCUUAGCUGGCCCAUAGUCCUGUUCUUUGCCCUGUACAGCAUGGCUCUGUCAGAGCUGGUGGGACGCCAUUACCUGCUGGAGCUGCGCCGGCUGGCCCCCACGCUCUACAACGUCGUGCCGGUCACCGAGUGCUGCACGCCUGCCAUGCUCUUCUCUGCUCCCGCUGCCCGCCGUGCCUUAGGCUACCUGAAGGGGCUGCACUGCCGCCAGGGCUUUGCGAAGGAUAUUGCCCUCUACUCCAUGCUGCACAGGAAGGGGGAGAAUGCCUACGUGGUGGAACCCAACCUGGUCCGGCACGUGGGAAUGUAUUCCAGCCUUCGGCUCAACGACAACCCCAAACUGCUGUGAGCCCUUCAUGCCUUUCCAGACACAAAGCACAGAGAAGCUGCCACUGGGCAGACAGACUCUGCAGCUCAGAUGUUCUGCUUGCACUGGGCAACCUGUGCCUCCAAGUGGACCAAGAACAACUUUAGUUUGUUUUAAAUCUUAAAAAAACCCUUAAGUACAUGCAGACCCUAUGUAAUAUAUACUGGGAACCAUGCACCAUAUGGGAGGGAAGUGAAGGA